AUGAAGAACAACGCUUCCUCGGCGCUCCUCAGCGCCUUCCAGGGCCUCAGGAUAUCCUCGUCGGUGACUCCCUUCCGCGCCGCCUCCCUCGCAACCUCCGCCGUCCGCCGCCCGAUUGCGCAGACCCCCGUCUCUGUCGCCUCCCAUGUCCGUCUAUUCUCCGCGACCGCCGUCCAGGCUGGCUCGUGGCUCGAGCCCAACCUCAACAGAAAGAAGAAGAUGAUGAAGGGAAGGCCCAGAGUGCCGACCGGUGGUUCGACCAAGGGAACAACAGUGGUUUGGGGAGAUUAUGGCCUGCGCAUGCGCGAUCACCACCGCAGAAUUAGCGCCCAACAACUCAAGCUCGCCGAGGACACCAUCAAGCAGAGGUUACGUGGUCAGAAGUACCGCCUGUACAAGCGCGUUGCUUGUAACGUCGGUGUGUACGUGAGCGGUAACGAGAUGCGUAUGGGUAAGGGUAAAGGUUCGUUCGACCACUGGGCGACCAGAGUUGCCGUCAACCAGAUUAUUUUCGAGAUCAGGGGACAAUUGCACGAACAGGUCAUCCGCGAUGCCUUUCGUCUGGCCGGACACAAGCUUCCAGGUCUAUAUGAGUUCGUGACGAAGAGUGACCCACCAGUGGUUGGUAUCACCAAGUUGGAGAAUGGCCUCACAGUGGAGGACCUCAAGAACCCAAAGAAGAAGCUCUUGACACCUGGGCUCACCCAGAGUGCUGCGAGCACAUCAAGCACUGCUGCUCCUCCUUCGUAG